AUGUCCUGGCAACUCAGCAGCAGACGGCUCCUCCGGUCCAUCAACGAAAAGUAUCUCUUUGGUCGCAUACCGAUUCUCCAUGCCAUCGUCUUCUUAAUCGAGAUGGCCCUCAUCGCUCGAUUGACGGCGAGAUUCAAUACAUACUAUGAAGAACGACCACUCAUGACCAUGAUGGUCACCAAUGCCAUAUUGGGUGGCGUCGCCGACACCGUUGCCCAGAGCAUCACUGCUAUACGAACACGCGCUUCUCAGAAGAGCUUGGGCCCAGAUAAGGACGAGUUUUCCAUUGAGAUCCACGAACUCAACCGCAAAAGCGCAGACUUUGAACGCGACUUUAUUCCCAACCCCAAGGCCCCGCCAGCAGCCUUUGACUUUGAGCGGUUGACCCGUUUCAUGGCCUAUGGUUUCUGCGUCGCGCCCCUUCAGUUCAAAUGGUUUCGAUUCCUUGAACGAGCUUUCCCCAUCACCAAGACCAGCGCAUUUGGGCCAGCCACGAAGCGCGUCGUGUUUGAUCAGUUUGUGUAUGCCCCCUUCGGUGUGGGCCUGUUCUUUGUCGCCAUGACCGUUGCCGAAGGUGGUGGACGUCGCGCCAUUAGCAGCAAGCUCCGCGACAUGUAUGUACCUACCCUCAAGGCCAACUAUGUGGUCUGGCCGGCUGUGCAGAUUGUCAACUUCCGCCUCAUGCCCGUACAGUUUCAGCUGCCGUUCGUAUCGACUGUUGGCAUCGCUUGGACGGCGUACUUGUCUCUAACCAACGCCUCCGACUAG